GAGGAGCCAAAGUCGAAGAAAUCUAAAAAGAAGAGAGUGGCUGAAGAGGAGGGCGACGGAGAUGUGGAUUCAAGGCACAGGCGGUUAAUGGAGAAGAGGGAGAAGUCCCUCAAGAGGGCCCAAAAGCUGGCAGAAAAAGCGGCAGCGGAAGCGGCCCAGACAGAAGAAGCUCCAAUUGAGGAACCUGCAGAGAUCCACGGCCUGGGGCCUCUGCCUCAACCAGAACCUGCCCCCGAACCUCCUGUACAGUCCGCCUUAUCCUCCUUACCACCGUGGCUUGGAUCACCAAUUAGGGUUUCACCCACGAUUACUGCACCGUUUUCAGAGAUUGGGGUCCAUAAGGAUGUUGAGAAGGCUCUACAAGCACACGGCUUCAAGGAGGCAUUCGCAGUACAGGCAGCGGUCUUGCCACUGCUUUUACCUGGGCCCUCUCGCGAGGGUGACGUUCUCGUUUCUGCUGCAACAGGCUCUGGAAAAACCCUAUCAUAUGUUCUGCCCAUGAUUGAAAAUAUUAGCCAAAAUAUCGUCACACAAUUACGAGGUCUUAUCGUCAUGCCAACGCGAGAGCUUGUCUCACAAGCGCGUGAAGUCUGCAAUACCUGCACCGAUGCCUUCGCAAAUGGUGGUAAGAGACGUGUUAAGAUUGGGACUGCGGUUGGAAGUGAUAAUUUCAAGGCUGAACAAGCGGCGUUGAUGGACCAGCAAUUACGACACGAUCCGACGGGAUAUAGGGAACAGAGAAAACCACUCAAUGCGAAGUGGGAGGCUUCUGACGUUGAAAGUGAUGGCGAGGAGGAUCUCCUCCUCUGCGACGGCGAAGAUAUCUCGCCAUUGCCCGACCACGUCAUUGAUCAUAUCUCGAAGGUCGACAUACUUAUCUGUACUCCCGGAAGACUGGUUGAACAUCUGAAGUCCACGCCGGGAUUCACUCUCCAGCAUAUUAAAUGGCUCGUUGUGGACGAAGCGGAUAAACUGCUUGAUCAAAGCUUUCAGCAGUGGUUAAACACGGUCAUGGAGUGUCUUGAGAGGGAUGUGCGCAAGAUCAUCCUCAGCGCCACAUUAACUAGGGAUAUUGGGCAGCUCAAUGGGCUGAAGCUUCAUCGACCGAGGCUUGUUGUUCUCGAAUCAUCCGAAGGGGAUGGGACGGCAGAAGAAGGGCAUACAUUACCGCCGUUGCUGGUUGAAUCUGCUAUAAAAGUUGAUGAUAGUACGAUAAAGCCGUUGUACUUACUGCACCUAUUACGGAAAGAAAACGUGGCAACUCGCACUUUGAAAUCCAGGCAGGCUUUCAAACCAGCCGACAGCCCUGACGAUGAUUCCCAGAGCUCUUCCAGCUCCUCUUCCUCUGGCUCCUCAUCUUCAAACUCCUCGUCCGAUUCAUCCUCCGAGUCGUCUUCCGAGUCGUCUUCCGAUUCGUCUUCCGAUUCAUCCUCCGAGUCGUCUUCCGAGUCGUCCUCCGACGAGUCAUCUACAGACGACUCGGACAACAGUGAAAAUGAGAGUGAUGAACUUGCAUCCGCUCCAUCUCCUCGAGGCGUCCUCAUUUUCACCAAAUCGAACGAAACCGCAGUUCGCCUGGGACGUCUCAUUGCUCUAGUGGAACCAAAGUACUCAGAACUCACUGGCACCCUUACCUCCACAACCCGAAGCUCAACCAGGAAGUCCACGAUCGCCUCGUUCAACGCGGGCAAGCUAUCUAUACUCGUCGCGUCGGAUCUGGUUUCUCGUGGUCUCGAUCUCCCCAACUUAGCACAUGUCGUAAACUAUGAUAUCCCAACCAGCGUUACGAAUUACGUACAUCGCGUAGGGAGGACGGCAAGGGCAGGGAAGAAAGGAAAUGCAUGGACUCUGUUUACGGAUACAGAGGGUAGGUGGUUUUGGAACGAGAUCGCACGCUCAGAGAACAUACAACGAGCACGGGGUUCGAAAGUUGAGAGAGUCAAUAUGAAAGCAGAGGAGCUGUUUGAUAAUGAAUUGAGGGAACGGUACGAGUCUGCUUUGGAAGAAUUGGGGAGGGAGGCUACAAGU